AUGGCUACAGGGCGUUUUGGUAAAAAGUUUCGGAUCAUAUCAGCAAUUGAGAAAGAGGACAUUAGACUUCUUCUUCUUUUAAUGCAAAAGCAAAAUCAUAGGCCAGAAGCUCCAAUCGAUAAGCUAGGAAGCAAUAUUUUUCAUUUAGCUUGCUAUCUUGGUAAAAUGACGAUGAUAAACUAUAUUUAUGAUAACUUCCAUCUAGAUAUUAAUUUGCAUAAUGAAGACGGAGAGGCGCCAAUCCAUAUGGCAGUAAGUGGAGGGCAUAUAAACGUAGUAAAAUGACUGUGGGAAAAAGGAGCCGAUGUUCAUGUUCCAACUUUAUAUUAUCACAAAACUCCAUAUGACUAUUGCUGCAACAUGAUAAAAACCAAAAAAUUUCCAGAUAUAGGAGGAAACCCUCGACAGUGCUUGGCAAAAAUAGUUGAGAUUAAAAAUUAUUUACUAGAAAAAUAUUUUACUGAUAAAAGAGGGGAAGAAAGAAGGAAAUUCAUCUGGGCUCAACAGAAACUAAAAGAAAAAGGCAAGCCUUUUGGAAGACUGACUAAAGGAAUGGCGAGAGAGAUUGCUGAAUUUCUUUAA